AUGCCAGUACAGGUGUACACUGCCAGCCCCAUCAAUGCCGCCUCCAAGGCAUCGGGAAUCACUCCAAAGACAGAAGCUGCCGAGGGAAACGAACCUCAUGUGAAGCCAUCACCGUCGACAACGUCAUCAGGGAGCCCAACGGCCUAUCCUCCUGCACAACCAGGCGCCAGGCCAUCACUACCUGUUCAAACUGGGGUCCCGGAGUCAUCCAACAGAUAUAAACCAACAUCGACUCAGGCCGACACAAGUCCUCCGCCCCCUCAACCCGGUGCUGUGCCCUCGCCUCCGGGGAACAGCCACCUGCCACCUCCGCCCAAGGCGGGAGAGCCCAUCCAGCAACGGCCUAGAUCGCAGACCAUGCCUAUGCCGCCUCAAAUGCUUUAUCCAUCACCGGCAACGACCUAUCAAACCCAUCAGAGAGGCACAUCAACCUCCGUCUCCACGGCGUAUUCGCCAAAUGUGCCGCAGCCAACAUUCUUACAAAGCAGUGAAAGCACCGAGCCAGACUUUUCGCAUCCUCCAGGCUACCAGCAGAAUAUCCAUGCCGCGGAUUUCACACGCGACCAGCGGGAGGCUCACAAUGCCUCGUUUGGUGGAGGUUCUUAUGAAAACUACGAUGAAGAGGAUAGUAUCUGGAACACAGCAAAGAAGUGGGCGGCCGCAGCGGGAGACAGCCUUGCGGCAGCAGAACACGAAGUCUGGAAGAGAAUCAACAAGGAGUAG